UCCAGGUCCAGGUCCAGGAUAUAAUAUCUGACAGCUACUGCCCGCUGUCCAUAGCUGCAACCAUUAUCCAUCCAGCUCGGGACCGUACAUUAGACAGGCGGUGUCGUGCAGUGUGCCUCUUCCCCAAAAACAAUUCUAGAGCUCACAGGGACGCUGGAUUUUGGCUUUCUAGGUCGAACGUUCGCUAAGGCCUGAUUGAGAGGCUUUUCCGAGAACCUCCACUACGUCUCUCGCUCAGUCUGCUCUGCUCUCAUUAAACAUAACCAGCUUCCUCACCAUCCUGCCAUGCGACCACGAUCCUCCACCUCUUGAAGACUCCUAAUCUACCCAUAUCCUUAACGAUCCAGACUCUCGUCCUCGACAGCUCCCGAUGAGAUCACCGCUUCCAACGAGAAUCUUGGUGCCAGGCCCAACGCAAGGGGAACAUUCCUUCGAUUGCUCGUUCUUCGACUCCCGAUGAAGACCUCAUCCAGACCUCGAGGAGAGAUUGGGGGAAGCUUCGCCAGCAGACGUGGGCAUGUCCCCCAGCUCUCAAUAAGUGAUACCAAUCACCAUGUUACUGAGGCAAUUGGGGACAUGUAUGGAGACGAUGACUACUCGAAACGCGACUCACGGCCUCUCAGCUUUAUAACCUCUCCUCUAAACGAUUCGAUCGAAGCGAAGACCUUUGUUACUUCACCACUACACGAAUCAUCUGGGCCAGGAGGAUCCUAUCUGGAUGUGGGCAGCUCCAGGCCAUCUCCGAACACGAAUGGGAAGACUGGGAAAAAGGCGCACACAUCGCCCGCCAUGCUACAGAGUCCAAGGAGCACGUCUUUUGACAAGGGGACGUUAUCUCCGACGUUAUCACUUCGAGAUCGUAAUGUCGCGGAAACAGCGAAUGCGCAAUUUCCGCUUAAUGAUAUAGACUAUGAGUCAAAUCCGGCAGCUGUUGCUCAAGAACUGAAUAAUCUCCAAGCUUUGAGGCGCAUGUCGAUGGAUGUGGGAAACACGAGCGAUCCGGAUCUGCCAUCAUUCCAAGGUGCUUCUUUUAUGCCAUCAAUUGCCCCAACAGGAGAUGAUGAUGAGGACGAUCCGUCAAGGUUGUUCUGGGUCCCAGCCCGGGUUCAUCCCGAGCUUGCGCCAAUGGAGUUCAAAACGUUCCUCGAAAAGAGAGUACAAUCGAUCAAGCGGCGAUCGGGCGAACAGGCAAGUCUAUCACCGGAUAGUCUCGAACGAAGUGGAUCUGGGAGUAGUCUGAGGAGGAAGAAAUCAAUGCUUUCGAGGCAAAUUGAUAAUGAUGGUGGGAGAGGGGCUGUUGGAUAUAAGGACGGUGCAGAGCAAUUGGAAAGGAAGAAGUCACUUUCUACACAGCAGACCCCGGAGUUGAAGAUCUCGGACCUGAAGGAACUUGAGUCUCUAGUUCGAGAUCCUACGAAGAUGCAGCAACUGAGUUUAGAUACCAGUAAUCGUAUGAAUGGGGAAAUGCCCGGAAACGAGGAUAUGCCAAUUUUACCACAAGCACCAGGCAUUGGUUUGAGGCGCUCCACAAGGACAACCUAUAGGAAAGGUAGCUUAAGGAAGGGAGAGAGGGUACCGUUCUCCAAAAGAGCUGGUGCUAUGAAUAUGAAAGCGGAUACCGACGGAGAAGAAUCUCCAGCAUCGUCCCCAAUUGACGGACGCCCUCCCAUAGGAUUCCCUCUUACCAGGGUCCAAUCGGAACCAACUUCGACAGAGAAUUUCUCACGCCCAACUCGCGGAGCCCGCCGACUACAGAAUCUUCCUCAGACGAGCCCGUCAGAUUCGGGUACAGAGGGUAGUGGAAAAGAUGACAAGCUGGGCCAAGCAGAAGCGAAGCCUACUAGAGAAGCCGCACCGCAAAUCCCACAACCUGGAAAUCUCCCUAGGAGCAGCACUUUUCCAAGAAAUGAUACUCCUGUUCCCCGCAUCAUUGAAACUCCUCCCCCACCGGAAGCUGUCGAAGCUCCACCUCCUCGACAAGCUCACCAGUUCCCUGAGAGAAAAUCUUCCCAGGCACCUGUGCCUUUGCAUCAUCAAGUGGUUCCUGAACCUCCAGCUCGAUCGAGUAGACGACCGACUUUGGACCGGCAAAACUCGUCAAAUCCACAAACGAUACCUAGGGCAGCUGCUCCUCAACAAACCUUGAAUGAUAUGGCACAACAUCCAUCUCCGCUCCCUGGAAGUAGUGCAAGCACUGAUACGCUCACAUUCAUUCCGACAUUGGAAGAGAAGAAGCAUGAGCGGAAGUCAAAGAAAGAGAAAGACGACGUAGAAACCUCGGCUUCUUCAAAGAAGCCAAGUUGGGGUUGGUUCAAAGGUAGCGACGAAAAGGAGAAGAAAGAUAAGAAAAGAGAGGAAGAUCACAAGAAGACCAAACCUAAGGUGGUCGUGGACAAAGCUCAUGAUAACACUCGACUCGAUGUGCUACAAUCAACCAUGGAUGCGGGAGUUCCACGAGGCCGGGAAAGCUUACUGCUGGACCGAGAAAGCAUAGAUCUGAAGCUGCAGGAUGAGAGGAAAAAAGAAAGCUCUCGCAAAUCAGGCGGAGAGCAUAAAAAGGAGAAGGACAGUCUCUUUUCGUCAUUCUUUAGCAGCAGCAAGAAGAAGGGUGAUCGUGAUUCAGGUGGAAAGAAAGGCAGCUCUCUUCGAACUCUUUCACCGGAGCCACCCCCUAGACAACUCAAACCAGAUAUCGACUAUUCUUGGACCAGGUUCUCUAUCCUCGAGGAGAGGGCUAUCUACAGGAUGGCACAUAUAAAGUUGGCAAAUCCGCGCCGGGCAUUAUAUAGCCAGGUUCUCUUGAGCAAUUUUAUGUACGCCUACUUAGCCAAGGUGCAACAAAUGCAUCCUCAGAUGCAAAUUCCUCAGUCUGCACUUCAGAAGAAGCAAGAAGCAGAGAGGCGACAGAAAGAGCAGGAACAACAACUACGCCAACAGCAGCAGCAACAGCAACCAGCCGAAAGUGGGGAGCAGUACAGAUAUGACUACCAUCAGUAUGCAGAGCAACAGCAAACUCCAAAGUCGGAAGGGGUCAAUUAUGUUGAUGAUUCUCAGAUCUACGAUUACGAUCACCAAGCAGAGUCGUCUCAUUCCCAAAGCUCCAAUAGGCCACAGUCCCGUGCAUCGCAGCAUAAUCAAGAGAAUGGGUAUGGAGAUCAAGGGCAAUAUGGGCGGCAGGGCAAGGACUAUUACCCCUAUGGACAUUCGGAUGACCACGACCAAGACCAGGAAGACGAAGCGGAUGACAUGUGGUGAUUGUACCAUACCUAGCAGAUACGCCCAACCUUCUUCUUGUUCUCAUGCAUUUACGAUGGAGUUUCGAGGCGUUUUCCAAGUCAGAAUAGGCCUUAAUUUUGGUGGGUCUGGUUCAAGAGUUUAUCUGGAGGU